AUGUCGGUAAUACCUGGCCUGCUCUUUGCUGCAUCUGCUGCGAGGAUGAAGACCAUUCUCAGCAAUCAGACUGUCGACAUGCCAGAAAAUGUCGCCAUCCCUCUGAAGGGCCACAGUUAUUGUGAAGGGCCCCAGAGGCACCUGCGGAGGGUCUUCAGCCACGUCAGUGUAGAACUCCAUCUCCUUGGACAGAAAGAGAAGAGGCUCCGGGUUGACAGGUGGUGGGAACUGGAAAGGAACUGGCCGCCGUUCGCACUGUCUGCAGCCCUGUGCGGAACGUGCCCAAGGGCGUCCCACUGGGCUCCGGUACAAGAUGAGCCUCGUUGUUCAGGAGAUGGUUCUCUUGUCAAGUCAGAAAUUUCUUGGGCGAAAAUACAUCCGCAGAGUCAGAUGAGGUCAGGUGUUGCUUGUUCAGUAUCUCAAGCCCAGAAAGAUGAGUUGAUUCCUGAAGGAAAUGACAUUGAACUUGUAUCAAAUUCAGCUGCUUUGAUUCAGCAAGCCACGACAGUUAAAAACAAGGAUAUCAGAAAAUGUUUGGAUGGUAUCCAUGUUUUUGAAAAGGGAACAAUUCAGCAGGCUGAUGAAUAA